AUGGACCCAAGGCGCGCUGAUCGUGAACGUCGCUACAAACCUCCUCCACCAUCCUCAGCUCCUGCAGAAGACCUUACUACGGAUUAUAUGAACAUACUCGGUAUGGUGUUUUCAAUGUGUGGACUAAUGAUGCGUCUCAAGUGGUGUGCUUGGACUGCUGUAUUUUGUUCAAGCAUAAGUUUUGCCAACUCAAGAGUGUCUGAUGAUACAAAACAAAUUGUUAGCUCCUUCAUGUUAUCAAUAUCGGCAGUUGUGAUGUCAUAUUUGCAAAACCCAGCUCCGAUGUCCCCACCAUGGGCCGCUCUAGCUACUUAG